AUGAGGAAGAAGCUAUUGUCCAACAGUUCUGCUUUGAAACAAGUUAUUUCAUCAGCAAAUGUGCCACAUGCUCUCACGAUGAGAAGUUUUCAUGUUAAUUUGAAUAAUUCAGAUGGAGCCAACACCACAGCAGCAGCAACAACAUCCACCUCCAGUACUACUACUGCCAUUCCAUCGGCAUGUCCUUAUCAUCAAAAGCAACAAGCAAGUGAUGUUCCUCCUCCAAAACCAUUCUCUGAAAUUCCUGGACCAAAGGGAUGGCCACUUAUUGGAAAUUUACCACUUUUAUAUAAGAAUAGUAAGAAUAAUAUUGGACCAUUCUUUAUGGAUCUACUGGACACGUAUGGUCAAACUGUAAAAUUAGAUAUUUUGGGAAAGAAGAUUAUUCUACUUUCCAAUCCAGAUGAUAUGGAGAAACUUUACAAAAAUGAAGAAAAGAGAACUCAAUCAGAAGGUUCUAGAUUCUACAAAAUGGAAAAGGGUGUCAGAUUAGCCCCAAUGGAAAUGAGAUAUGAAGAAAAUUGGAAUGACAUUCGUCAGAUUUACAAUAUUGCAAUGAAACCAGAUUUUCAUGAAACUGUUACACUUCCACAUUUGAGUGAAUUGAAUUCAGAGUUUGUUAAGAGAUUGAUGAGAUAUUUGGAACCUGGUGAAGGUGAUAAGUAUAGAUUGACAAAUGCUGUUGAUGCUAUUUCUAAAUAUGGAUUUGAUGCUGUCAUGAAGGUUUUCUUGGGAGUCAAAAUGACUGAUGAGUUGACAGCAACUUUCCCAUUCAAAAUUAGAGACUUCGUGGAUCAAUCUGUCAAAUCACUUGACAUUAUUGGUAAAUUAAUGCAAAAUCCACCAAUUUACAAAUAUUACAAAACUCCACUUUACAAGCAAUUGGAAGAAAGUUAUGACAAGUCAUUCGAAUAUGCCAGAUAUGUCAUGAAUAGAUUUAAGAGUAAUCCAAGUGAUAAGCCAAGAUUUUAUGAAUUCUUAAUGGAACGUUCUAAGGAUGAUCCAAAUCCUGAUGCAAUUGUUGAAUCAGUCAUGAUUAGUUUCUUACAAGCUGGUAUUGACAUUACAAUGAGAAUAUUAUGUAUCACUGCAUUCCGUCUCGCUCACCAUCCAGAAUAUCAAGAAAAGAUCUAUAAAGAAUUAUUAGAUACAUUCGGAGAACCAACUUUGGAAGAAGCCAUCUCAGAAAAUGGACUUCAAGUCACAAAAGAGCAAUACAAGAAACUCAAGUUUACAAAACAAUUUUUGGAUGAAGUUUUAAGAUUGAAUCCAUUCAGUUAUAUUGUCAGUGCUAGAGAAAUGAGUAAAGAUUUGGAAAUUGGAGGAUACAUCAUGCCAAAGGAUUCACUUGUCAUGACCGUACAACAACAUCCAAGUUUGAAGGAUGAAUAUAUUCCUAGAGCUCUUGAAUUUAUUCCUGAAAGAUGGGAGAAGGGAUCUCCUUAUGCUCCAACAAAUAGUUUCAUUUCAGCUCCAUUUGGAGUUGGAGCUCGUAAAUGUCCUGGAUCACGUAUUGCUACUACUGAAAUUCAUUUUGCAAUCAUUAACUUUGUUAGACAUUUCAAAUUGUCACAUGCUAAUCCAGAAAAAUUCCCAGACAUGAGUUUCGAUCAAGCGCUUCUCUACAUUAAUCUUGAUAAGAAUGCUCUCUAUUUUACUCCUAGAGAUCACUUGAAGGAUCAUUGCAAAUCAGUUCAAAGAAAAUAA